GUUCAGCAGAUGGUGCUGACCAGAGAAGAUGCUCCUGAUGAACAAAGACUCGGAGUGAACCAGCAGGAUCCAGAACCCCUCCUCCUCAUAAAGAAGGAAGAGGAGGAACUUGAUGAUGACGAAGAAGAGGAGACUAAUGCCACUGGGUUUCACAUCACUGUAGUUUCUUUGAAGAGUGAGGAUGAUGAAGAGAAACUUCCAUUCUCACAGGUUCAGGACCAAAUGGAAGAUGGAGAUCUUCCAGGCAGCAGCUCAGCUGAAGUAAAAGUAGAUGGUGGUGGAGAGGACUGUGUAGGAGCAGAAACUACCAGGAACACAGAACUAAAUCUUCAUGAAGAUAACUCCACCUCUUCAGAGGCUGAAGUCAGUGAGGAUAAUGUGAACAGUCCUGACUCAUGCAGAAAAAUCAAAAAUGGAUUGAAAUUGUUCAGUUGUGAUGACUGUGGUAAAACAUUCAUGAGAAAAGGAGAUCUGAACUCACACACAAGAGUCCACACAGGGGAGAAACCUUUUGAAUGUGAUUUUUGUGGACAAAGAUUCACUCACAAAUCAACUUUAAACAGACACAUGAGAGUCCAUACCGGGGAGAAACCCUUUGACUGUGAUCUUUGUGGGCACAGAUUUAACCUCAAGUCAGAUUUAGACCGACACAUGAGAGUCCACUCAGGACACAAACCAUUUGUGUGUGAUUUUUGUGACCACAGUUUUAGCCUAAAGGCUAAUUUAAACUCGCACAUGAGAAUCCACACGGGACAGAAACCAUUUGUCUGUGAUAUUUGUGGACACAGAUUUAGCCACAAGUCUGAUUUAAACCAACACAUGAGAGUCCACACAGGACAAAAACCAUUUGUUUGUGAUAUUUGUGAGCACAGAUUUAACCACAAGUCAACUCUAAACUCACACAUGAGAGUCCACACAGGACAGAAACCAUUUGUGUGUGGUGUCUGUCAACAAAGAUUUAGCCUAAAGGCAAAUUUAGACCGACACAUGGGGAUCCACUCUGGACAGAAGCUGUUUGUCUGCGACGUUUGUGAACACAGAUUUAGUAGGAAGUCCACUUUAAUCAGACACAUGAGAGUGCACACAGGACAGAAACCAUUUGUGUGUGACAUCUGUGGACACAGAUUUAGUAUAAAGUCAAAUUUAACCGCACACGUGAUUACCCACACAGGAGAGAAACCGUUUGUUUGUGCUGUCUGCGAGCACAGAUUUAACCGAAAGUCAUAUUUAAUCAAACACAUGAAAGUCCACAAAGAAAACAAAGAAGUUGUUUGUAGUGAUUCUCAGAAGACCCAAGAGUCCACAGAGGAAGCAAAACAGUUCAGCUGCGAUGAUUAA